CUCUGGGAGGCUGGGAGGGGAGAAAGGGAGGGGCGCUGACUGGGCAGUCCAAAGAGGAGGGGGCCUUUAAAUAGGCUCGCCCAGCGCCUGGUUUGCGGCGCCGCGAGAGGCUGCGGCUCGAAGAAGCUGCCCGGCACCUCCCUCUAGUUUUCGGCUGCAAAUCUCCGUCCUUGCACUUGACAGCGAUUGUACUUAAGCUCCCAGAGCGCGCUUUGCUGUGGAAAGGCACAGGUAGGAGGCGCGGGCUGCUCGGUGCACGCUCACUCCUCUGGGAGGAGUUUCUCUCCCUUUGCUCUGCUUUCCGGGAGCUACUGACUGCCCCGGAGCCUUGGUGGUUCCCCUGUGCCGGCUGCAAGGAGACUCGCCGGCGGGGGAGCGGGGCCGAGCCCUUUGGAGAGCGCGGCCGUGCGCUGCCCGGCGCCAUGCUUCUGCUGGGUAUCUUAACCCUGGCUCUCGCCGGGGUACCUGCAGGCGGGUCAGAGCCAGACCAGGAGGUGGUGGUCCCCAUCCGACUGGACCCGGACAUCAACGGCCGCCACUACUACCGGAGGAGUCCCGAGGACUCAGGGGAUCAGGGACUUAUUUUUCAGAUCACAGCAUUUCAGGAGGACUUUUACCUACACCUGACUCUGGAUGCUCAGUUCCUGGCGCCCGCCUUCGCCACAGAGCAUCUGGGCGUCCACCUCCCGGCACUCACCGGGAGCUCUCCAGACUUGCGACGUUGCUUCUACUCUGGGGACGUGAACGCCGAGCCAGAUUCCUUCGCCGCUAUGAGCCUGUGCGGGGGUCUACGCGGAGCUUUUGGGUACAGAGGCGCAGAGUAUGUCAUUAGUCCGCUCCCCAACGCCAGCGCGCAGGCGGCGCAGCGCAACAGCCAGGGCGCACACCUCCUCCAGCGCCGGGGCGCCCCCGGCGGGCCUCCCGGAGAUCCCACCUCUCGCUGCGGGGUGGCUUCAGGCUGGAACCCUGCCAUUCUGCGGGCGCUGGACCCUUAUAAGCCGCGGGAGGCCGGCUUAGGAGAGAGUCGCAGUCGGCGGAGGUCCGGGCGCGCCAAGCGCUUCGUGUCUAUCCCGCGUUACGUGGAGACUCUGGUGGUGGCGGACGAGUCAAUGGUCAAGUUCCACGGCGCGGACUUGGAGCAUUAUCUGCUAACGCUGCUGGCCACGGCGGCACGACUCUACCGCCAUCCUAGCAUCCUCAACCCCAUCAACAUCGUCGUGGUCAAGGUGCUGCUUCUCGGAGACCGCGACACAGGGCCCAAGGUCACGGGCAACGCGGCCAUGACGCUGCGCAACUUCUGUGCCUGGCAGAAGAAGCUGAAUAAAGUGAGUGACAAACACCCAGAGUACUGGGACACAGCCAUCCUCUUCACCAGGCAGGACCUGUGUGGGGCCACCACCUGUGACACGUUGGGCAUGGCUGAUGUGGGCACUAUGUGCGACCCCAAGAGAAGUUGUUCUGUGAUCGAGGAUGAUGGGCUUCCAUCAGCCUUCACCACUGCCCAUGAGCUGGGCCACGUGUUCAACAUGCCCCAUGACAAUGUGAAAGUGUGCGAGGAGGUGUUUGGGAAACUCCGAGCCAACCACAUGAUGUCCCCAACACUCAUCCAGAUCGACCGUGCCAACCCCUGGUCUGCCUGCAGCGCUGCCAUCAUCACCGACUUCCUGGACAGUGGGCAUGGUGACUGCCUCCUGGACCCACCCAGCAAGCCCAUCUCCCUGCCGGAGGACCUGCCUGGUGCCAGCUACACCCUGAGCCAGCAGUGUGAGCUGGCCUUUGGCGUGGGCUCGAAGCCCUGUCCCUACAUGCAGUACUGCACCAAGCUGUGGUGCACCGGCAAGGCGAAGGGGCACAUGGUGUGCCAGACCCGCCACUUCCCCUGGGCAGAUGGCACCAGCUGCGGCGAGGGCAAGUUCUGCCUCAAGGGGACCUGUGUGGAGAGACAUAACCUCAACAAGUACAAGGUGGACGGCUCCUGGGCCAAGUGGGAGCCCUAUGGAACCUGCUCGCGCACCUGCGGCGGGGGCGUGCAGCUGGCCCAGAGGCAGUGCAGCAACCCUACCCCUGCCAAUGGGGGCAAGUACUGCGAGGGAGUGAGAGUGAAAUACCGAUCCUGCAACCUGGAGCCCUGCCCCAGCUCAGCUUCUGGCAAGAGCUUCCGGGAGGAGCAGUGUGAGGCUUUCAACGGCUAUAACCAUAGCACCAACCGGCUUACCCUUGCCGUGGCAUGGGUGCCCAAGUACUCCGGCGUUUCUCCUCGGGACAAGUGCAAGCUCAUCUGCCGAGCCAAUGGAACUGGCUACUUCUAUGUGUUGGCGCCGAAGGUGGUGGAUGGUACACCGUGCACUCCUGACUCCACCUCGGUCUGUGUCCAAGGCAAGUGCAUCAAGGCUGGCUGUGACGGGAACCUGGGCUCCAAGAAGAAAUUCGACAAGUGUGGUGUGUGUGGGGGCGACAAUAAGAGCUGUAAGAAGGUGACAGGCCUCUUCACCAAGCCCAUGCACGGCUACAAUUUUGUGGUGGCCAUCCCUGCCGGUGCCUCGAGCAUUGACAUCCGCCAGCGUGGCUACAAGGGGCUGGUUGGAGAUGACAACUACCUGGCCCUGAAGAACAGCCAAGGCAAGUACCUGCUCAAUGGGCACUUCGUGGUGUCGGCUGUGGAGCGGGACCUGGUGGUGAAGGGCAGCCUACUGCGCUACAGUGGCACGGGGACGGCGGUGGAGAGCCUGCAGGCCUCCCGGCCCAUCCUGGAACCCCUGACCGUGGAGGUCCUCUCCGUGGGCAAGAUGACACCACCCCGGGUCCGCUAUUCCUUCUACCUUCCCAAAGAGCCUUGGGAGGACAAGGCCUCCCACCCCAAGGACCCCCGGAGCUCCUCGGUGCACCACAACAGUGUCCUCAGCCUCUCCAAUCAAGUGGAACAGCAGGACGACAGGCCCCUGGCGCGUUGGGUGGCAGGCAGCUGGGGGCCUUGCUCUGUGAGCUGUGGCAGUGGCCUGCAGAAGCGGGCGGUCGACUGUCGUGGGCCCCCAGGGCCACGCUCCAUGUCUUCCUGUGAUGCAGCCCAUCGGCCAGUGGAGAUGAGAGCCUGUGGGGAACCCUGCCCGACCUGGGAGCUCGGCGCCUGGUCGCCCUGCUCCAAGAGCUGUGGCCGGGGAUUUAAGAGGCGUCCGCUCAAGUGUUUGGGCCCUGGAGGGCGGCUGCUGGCCCGGGACCAGUGCAACCUGCGCCGGAAGCCCCAGGAGCUGGACUUCUGUGUCUUGAGGCCGUGCUGAAUGGGACUGUCCUUUUCUCCUCCUCACUCUCCGCCCCAUUGGUGCUGCCAGGGCUCCGGCCAGCUGGAGCCAUGGGCAGAGGGCGGUGGCCGGGUGUCAAGGCCAUAACGUCACUCACUUCCAGGGACAAGGACCAUGGGCAGGGCUAAGAGGUCCCUUCCUCCACCCUGGCCUGGGUGGGGGAAGCCAAGUGACUAAUGCACAGUCUACCUCACGCCCGGCUCCUCCAGGGCCCAGUCUCUGGGAGAGGCUGAGAGAUGCGGGCACUGGGCAGAGGCGCUGGGGCCCAGUUUCCGAGGGACCUGGAGGAUGGGCACCUCCCAGGCAGAACUUCAGGGACCUUGGCCCCCAUAAGGGAGGCCACAGGCUGCUGGAAGAGCCAUGGCCCAGCAGCUUGGCACCCUCAGGUGGCCCCGGGGGCUCUAAGCCGUUUCUGAACAAGGCAGGUUUCUAUGGUGCUGUCAACCCGCCUUUCCUUUCUGACUGACCAGGACUGAAUAAUGAAAAAAAUAAUGGCUGGUGUGGGCAGGAACUGGUAGGAAAGUGGGGUGAGGAAUAACAAGUCUGGGAAGAGGUUUAUAUGUAGGGGGAGUCCGGAGCUUUCUCAUCUUCCUUCUACUCCUGACCCUCCGUCAAGAGCGGCCUCUUCUUCCUGUGUUGUCCAGGACGUCAGGCUGGGUGGAGGGCUUCCAAGUACGUGCCCUUUGAGGCUUUGCAAAUAGGUACAGGAAGUCAAUAGGGAGUCUAUUGCCUUCUUCAGGAGGGAUUAGACCAUUGAAAAAAGAUGGAAGGGAUGAUGGAUUCUGUGGUGAAACAGGGAGUUUGAGCAGUGGCCUAGAAUGUUCCGUGUCACUGGGACUGGGCUUGGGGUUUGGAGCAAUGUCACCCUGGGAUGGGGAGGAGUCCUCAGUUUUGAUGACUCCUUCCUCCAGAGAGGUAGGUAUAAAUAGGGCUGCUGCCUUGGGCUCUGUGUUGCCUCAGAGAACCUUCAGAGUGGCCACUAAGAGGGACGUGGGAGAUGCCCAGGAGGGCUAGAUGCUGAACAUCCACAUGCCUGGAGGUGGGUCCUUCAUCUGGACAGCUACAUGUGGUCUGUCUUUGGGCACAUCACAUGACAUUGCAGUUGGAUAACGGGGUUCACUGUUUGCUACCUCAGGCUAUGCUCUUUGGGUACCCACACCUCUCCCUUUCCUGGGGUGGUGGUGACCCUGGUGCUUCCAGCGGACCUGGCUGUUGUCCUCUGCAGACUGAGCUGCCCAGACACAAAGAUAAGUGUGUGGUACAUGGCUUCCUGCCCCCAGAGCCUGGCCACCCGCUGGGGCUCCAAAAAUGAAAUCAGGAUCUCAGGUGCCUUGGGGACAGGCUUCAGGAGACACAAAAAUCAAUGACCUAAAAAAAGAAAGAAAGAAAGAAAGAAAGAAAGAAAGAAAGAAAAUCAAUGACCUGACCCAGAGGCACUUGGCAGCCACCAACGGGAACUCCUGGCUAUCCUAGAGACGUGUUGGGGCUGUAGAAACCAGGGUGUUUCCUGGAGGUCCAAGUGGGAAGAUGUUCUGGGGUGAGAAGAGCCUUUGGUCAAGCAGGGUAUUUCUUGAGGGUGCAGCUGCUCCCACAUGAACAUGGGAGAUUCUGCUUCUGAGUUAGGUAAUAUGUCCUGGACUUUAGUGAGGUGAUACCGGAGCAAGUGUCUUCCCUGAGAAAGGGCCUCAGUCCCUUUAUUUGGCUUCCCCUAGUAGGCAGACUCCACAAACCAGGCAUUCAGGUAAACCUCUGGGGUGGUGCUCCAAUCUCAGCCCAGCUCUGGGCUGAGCCCUUGACCGGAACACCCACAGCUGGGUAAAGGGCGUGUGGAUCUCUGAGGCAGAGCUGCAGCCACUCCUGGAGAAUGAAGCAAGGAGGAAUCUUCCUCCCUGUAUAGAGAAACCGUGGGGCUGCGACCAUCAAAAGGACGCAGGCCACCAGGGCAGAUGUAGACCCCCACUAGCCGACGAUAGCACUGCUCUCCGUGCUUGGUGCACCCCUCCUCGGUGAGGAGAGGGUGGCGCGGGGGCUGUGCAGAAUGGGCAGGGGAAUGGGGAGGGGGGAAAGGGUGCUGCCAUCAGUGGGGGUGACUGGUCCCCUAGCAGAGCAGCUUUAGAAAUCAUUUCGAGGAGAGACGACCUAUCUUGUUCCUGACACAAGCUGGGCCUCAAAUGCUCUUUUCUGUCAUGAUUUUUUUUUUUUCCUUUUUAAAAGAAGUAUGACCAAGACAACUUGGGAGGUUUGUCUUAUCUUUGACCAUUUUGCUAAUCCAACCAUGUUCUCCAAGGUUGAGCAGAGACAAGCCUCAAGGUACAGGUUUCUGGUGAUGGAAUGAAAAGUUAAGGUGGUAUCUCAUGUCUAUAGAAGAGGAGGAAGAUUCUGGGGGUUCCAGAAACAACUUCUAUGGGGUGUGGACCAGUAAGGAUCUGGGCUCAGGAGUCCCCUGCCUCCUCUGCCCUUUGUGUGCACUGAUUGGAGGAGUCCAACCUUGUGAGCCUGGCCGUGUUGGAGUAGGGGGCUGGGGUGAGCUGAAGGGCUUGGUUGUUCCCAGCCUGGGAGUUGGCUCCCGAAGGCACUAGACACUGUCACUUACAGAGCCCCCCUUUUGUGUUUGGUUCUUUCACAUUCCAUGUGCAGCAGACGGAUGGAAGGACCUAGGUCCUGGCUGGGCUGUGUAUACUGUGUAUACAUGGGAGAUGGCUGCUGCGGGGACAACAGCCUGCUCCUAAUAAAGUUGUAAGUAUUUAACAUCUGUGUCCUGCUUCCGUGACUUCAUCUCAUUUGCGCAGACAUCCCCCAGAUCUGCUGAACUGGCCCGUGUGCCAGCCAUGUGCCAGGGGCUACAGUACCACAGCGACAAGGACAGGCACUGUCUCUGUCCCGUGCAGCUGGGGGAGGUAGGGCAAACAGUUGGGAAGCAAAGACCCGGAAUAGUGGCAGAUAUGGGAGGUGCAAGGAUCUGUGUACGGAUUGUGUAUGGGUGGAGUGACCAGGAAAGCCCGGCAGAGGAUGGGACGUGGCCCUGUUGAGAGGGGUGGGAGUCUUUCUGUGAGGGACAGCAUGCUAGGGCUUGGUGACCAGAAGGAGCAGGUGUGUGUGCAGGAGGGUCUGAAAGAAGGCCCCUGGGUCGGGGCUGUGGUGAAGGGGGCAAGGCACAGGAAGAGGCUGGAGGGUCCCUUCAGUGGGGUCUCCCAGGCACCUGCCUUAGGAGGAAAUCCUGUUUCCUGAGGGAAGGUAUCCUCCUGUUUGAUGAAUGUUUCCCUCUUCUUAGCUCUGUUUUGGUCUGACAAUGUUAGCAAAUAUCUAGGCAGGCGAGUGGUGUGACACAUUUUAAAGAACAUCAACGCAGAGUCCAGAAACUCGCCUUGGUCUUAGAUCGGAGAUCCUCUCCUGGGACUCCAUUUUCUAUCUGCAAAGUGAGAAAGGUAGAUUUAAUGUUUUAGGGUGCUUCCAGCUUUAACAGUCAGUGUUUCUAGGCACAGUGACGGUUUACACUUUGGCAGAUGAUUGUUUGGUUUUAGUUUGGGAUUCAGAGGAGAACGGGCUUCUGCUCAUGCCUUCCCUGCAGGGCAAGGCCAUGGGGUAAAUAACUUCUUUACGGGCUGAUUGUAGACCUGGGGCCCAGGGCAAGGGUACCCGAGUAGGAACUUGGACAAAGCUUUGGCACUUGAUAGAAGGUUCUGGUGGAAGGAGAAGCUAGUCAGAAAAGCCCACUUGACACUAUAACCUAGUUGGAGGCCUGGAAGGAACCAGGAGUGUUGAUGUCUAAGCUAGAAGUCUGCAGCUUCAAAGUCUUUGUAAACCAUCUCAAGACAUUUGGCAUAUUUGGGCUUAUUAUUUUAUUUUUGUUACCCCUUCUGUUUUGUAUUGUAGCGAUUGCCAGGAAAACCUUUCUAAGGAAAAUUCCCACGGGUUGGUCUCUGGGUAAAGGAAAAUGGUUUCUCUACUUACAAUGCUUCUGACACCAAAUGUGUGUGUGUGUGUUUCCCACGCCAACCAAUUUUCCAACUCUCCAGACACCAAUUGAGUGUCCUAGAAUUUAAAUCAUUUCUGACGGUAACUAGCUGGAAUUAGAAUCAGGUUUAAGGGCUCAGUCCCAAGAGACUGCCUUCACUAAGAACACUAGUCAUAAGCAGUGGGUCCCCAGGGUACCCACACUUCUGAUGGACAUAGCUGCAAAGCUGAGUUUUCCCACAGUCCCUG